GUGGCGCUAUUGAGAAAGAACGAGAAUUUUUGUGAUUUUGGGGUGCGAAGGUAAUGCCCUCGUAGCAUCAACUUCUUGGUCAAAUUUUGCCGUCUUGGUAGCUGCAGAAAAGUUUUAGAUUUCUUAAAGAUAAAAGAGCAAUUCUUUGUGCUCUCAAGGUUUCUUGAGGGUCAAGGGAUGCGGUAGAAUUGCCUUAUGGCGGAUCGAUGUUUGCGGAACCCUGAAGACAAACACAUUGCCAGUUCGACGAAAGAAAAUAGUUCAAGAAAAAGACAAAGAAGCGCACAAGCCCAAAAAGGAGAAACAACAGAAAAGGUUGAGCAAGAAAUUUUGCCAUUAACAAUACCACAGGUUGUUGCAGAACCGUUAAAGAGGAAUAAAGAGGUAGAAGGACUAGUUGACUGUGGUGUUGACAAUAGCGAGUUGCUGAAACAGCCUGUUAGGGUCACUCGUAGUCAGUGGAGGCGUUCUGUUGCCAGGCAACGAGAGCUUAGUAGCUCGAGUGACGUAGAUAUAAACUAUAUACACAGUUCUAACCCGGGGAGUCGGAGUACAAGUCGCGGCUCAAGCCCCGUUUUUAGAUUAAGGGAAAGUGCUUUAGUCGACGAGGCAUUGCGAAACAGUCCCCAGUUGGUUGUACGCCGAGCACGUAGAAUAAAUACUGCUUUUACGACAAGUGGUGAACGUGCGUCAAGCAGGUCAAGUAGAAACACGAGUCCGGAAACAUUGCCAUUUGAAGAAUCCGGCCCGGUAACUACUAAACAUAAUAGAAAAGAGCCCCCGGAAUCAGAUCGUGGUAGGGUCCGAAAAAGGAUCAAGAAGACCAAUAAGCAAAGUGAGUCGGAGAAACCUUCGUCAGGAGAAAUAAAAGGAUCCGCUAUUUUGACCAAUUCACGAGAUAAAGAUUUGACAGGCGACACAAAAUCUGGGGAUCAAGUAGCAAGGACAUCGACUGUAAAAUCCUCCGCCGAACAUUGGUCUUGUAAUUACUUUGCCCAAGAUAAGGGACAUCUCUCUGGAAAAAAGAGAGUAAGAUCGACAUCACGUACCCAAGAGGCUUCUGGGAAACGCGAGAAAAAAGACGAAGGCACAGAGACGCUUCUGAGUAAAUCAGGUUUAAAAUCAAAUUUAUUGAAAUCAGCCAAGACGGGAGGGCGACUGUCUAGGACAAGAAACUCCCAAGCCCAGGCGGGAGAAAGGAGAGGCACCACGGGGUCUUGCGCAAGCAGCAGACGCAGCAGCCGACGUUCUAGGGCACAGCAGGGGCCUUCUGCCAUGGCAACUGAUGAUGGUAGAGCCAGCCAGCAAGCAGAAUCCGCCGAUAAUGAACCAAGAGUGGACGAGCCAAUACCGGGUUCAAGUGGAUCACGUGACAGUUCAUCAAACCCAAUGGAAGACCUCGAAAUGAGCAGAUUGCAAGCUCUGCUGGAAGCGAGAGGUCUUCCAUCUCAUCUGUUUGGUAAUCUAGGCCCUAGAAUGCAUCUGCUGCUGCAGCGAACUUUCAGUAGUUCUGCAGGCACAAAAGCACAGCAGCUGAUUGUCGGAAUGCAAGGGGACGACGAAGGACAACAACUUACAUCUGUUAUGGAAAUGUGUCAGUUGCUUGUAAUGGGAAACGAAGAAACUCUUGGCGGAUUUCCUGUGAAACAGGCUGUCCCAGUAUUGAUAAACCUCCUACAAAUGGAUCGCAACUUUGAUAUUACCAACCACGCUUGCAGAGCAUUGACGUAUUUGAUGGAAGCGCUGCCCAGGUCCUCAGCUGUUGUUGUUGAUGCUGUUCCAACGUUUCUCGAAAAGCUUCAGGUAAUUCAGUGUAUGGAUGUUGCGGAGCAAUCCCUCACGGCUUUGGAAAUGUUGUCAAGACGACACGGAAAAGCAAUAUUACAGGCUGGCGGCCUAAAUGCAUGUUUACUGUACCUCGACUUCUUCUCAAUUGUGGCACAGCGAUGUGCCCUUGGUAUUGCAUCAAAUUGCUGCCAGACCAUUACUCCCGAAGAAUUCCACCAUGUUAGCGACGCAAUUUCGAUACUUUCUGGGAGGCUAACGAAUCAAGAUAAAAAGUCAUUAGAAAAUGUCUGUUCUGCCUUUGCACGCCUUGUGGACAAUUUCCAACGAGAUAAGAAGCUUCUAAAGGAAUUAUGCGCACAUGGUUUACUACCAAAUUUGCAGCAACUGCUUAUGAUCUCACCGCCCGUUAUUAGUACGAGCACCUUUGUAAUGGUAAUCCGUAUGCUUGCUAUCAUGUGUGCAAACUGUCCUGCGAUCGCUGUCAAGCUUUUCCAACAGAAUAUUGCAGAUACCAUAAAAUAUCUCCUCAUUGGCAAUCAAACUGAGGAAAAUAAUGAUGUUUCACAUAAUGAGUUGAUUCCAAGGACACCUCAAGAGCUGUAUGAAAUAACAUGUUUUGUAAGCGAGCUGCUACCAAAACUACCCGCCACAGGCGUCUUCAGCGUAGAUGCCUUGCUCGUGAAAGGCAGCCAGCAAAAUACUACAAGUGGUUGUUGGCAAUGGAGAGAUGACAGGGGUGUCUGGCAUAAUUACAUGUGGGUUGACAACAGAAUUCUCGAAGCUGCUCAUCAAAGCAACGAGGAUGAGAUUAGCCUUUCGACACUGGGCAGGAAUUAUAUCAUUGAUUUUACGAACAUGCAACAGAUAAACGAAGACACAGGAACAAUCAGAUCGAUCCAGCGAAAGCUAAACGCUGCAGAAAACUCCACUUCAGUUUCGCAAGAUAAAGAAGUCGAAGGCGAGGAUGAAAGGAAGGUUGCCCUAACUGAAGAACCUGCUCUUGGAGAGACUUUUGUCAAGUCGUUGUUGUCAGUAAUGUAUGAUGUUUACUACUCGUCUGUUGGUCCAGCAGUUAAACACAAAUGCUUAAAUGCUGCUUUGAAGAUGUUGUACCAUUCGAGUGCUGAAUGCUUGAAGCCAAUUCUCGACAACUUGCCUAUAUCCAGCUACUUGGCUGGGAUGCUCACUUCAAAUGAUCCAAGAGUCGUCUGCUGUGCAUUGCAAAAGGCUGAGAUACUGAUGAUCAAAUUGCCGGACAUAUUUCACGUGUCAUUUCGCAGGGAGGGCGUCAUGCAUCGUGCAAUGUCGCUGUCAGUUAAGUCUGAUGGCAACGUGGGGCGUAGUGCAGAUAAGGCUCCAGCUGAGGUUAAGCCCAAAGGAGUUGCAAGUGCAAGCGAAUUAGUAAAGUGUUCAGAUUCUGUCGACGGGAUCAUGGUUGAUUUGGACAAGUCUCCCUCAACUGGGAAGAUCACCGAAUCUUCAAAACGAAAGAAAAUAUCAAAACGAUUGUCCAGGCAGAAGCAGAGCCAGGCCGCAAUGGCGGAUGAUGCACCAUCAACUUCAUCUAAAAAGGGGGCGUCUGCAUAUUCCCGAACACGGGCAGCCACGUUCACGACCACUGCUAGUCAGCAAUCAAGCAGCUCGAAAACAUCGUUUUUCUCAAGCUUCGCACCAAGAUGGGGCAGAUCGCAAUCUUACACUAGUGCUGCAGCCUCUGCAACAGGUUCUAAGGAGAGAAUCGUUAAGGAAGAAGAUGAAAACAAGGGCAAAAUUAAAUCUUGGAUUAAGGAUCAAGCUGCCAAAUUCUACGAAAGUUACUUUGGAGAACAGCUUGCUGGUGACUCACAUCCAGCUCUCAGUAUUCUUCAUCGACUGACGAAAGCAGCCGAAGAUCUCUCCCUUACUCGAGAUACUGGCAUUGCAGCAUUAAAAGAAAUCAGCGAUGUUUUGAAAGAGAAAAACGACCAUGGUGCAAGUGCUUUCGAGAUUCUUCAUAGCGGCCUGAUCAAAAGCCUUCUCAGGUACUUGACCAUUGAUCGACCCGACAAUGCAGUUCAAAGAAACAUCAGGAUCAAACGAUUUUUGCACGUUUUCCUCGGUUGUCCUGAUCCAGAUUUGCUAUCAACAAGAUCGGUUGAGCCUUCUGCAAAACCCUGUCUUCCUGCUUUGGUUCAGAAAUUGAAUCUUUGCAUUAAUCAGUUGGAACAGUUUACAGUAAAGUGUCAUGACCUACCCGGUGCAGUCAAUGGGUCAAGGGGAACUUCUGCUCUGAGGUUUUUCAACACCCAUCAAAUUAAGUGUAACCUGCAAAGACACAACGAUUGUCACAUCUUGAGGCAAUGGAAAGGUGGCACGGUUAAAAUUGAUCCAUUGGCACUUGUUCAGGCGGUAGAGAGAUAUUUGGUCAUAAGAGGGUUCGGAAAAGUUCGUGAGCAUGGCGAUGAUGAAGAUAGUGAUGACGAUGAAGGCACUGACGGUGAGAUUGACGAGGCAUGGGGCUCCUCAGUUGGAACCGUGAAGCCAAAGCAUUAUUUGGAGCUUGUAUUGAACGGACGUGUUCUUCCAUAUGACAUGACUAUUUACCAAGCAGUUCGUCAAUAUGGAGACACAGGAUUUGGUGAAGACGGCAAUGUCGAUGACGACCAAGGGCCACUCGGCAGGGCCAGCAUUUGGUCAGAAACACACACUAUAUUUUAUCGUCCAAUCAGUCCAAACAGUGCUGCAAGUCAACCGGCGAUCAAGAAACGCUCUGAAUCAGCAUCGUCUUCAGCGACAUCCAAAACAUCCAUGAAAAGUCUGUCGAAAUCGUCCAUUAAAAACACUGAUAUGUCUACAUACUUAACCGAAAAACUGCCUGGCAAUAUCCAGUUGAGUGACCCCUCUCUUGAAACCAUUUGCUUAAUGAGGUUGCUGUAUUACCUAAAUAUACAUUGGGGAGAUUUAUACGAGAUUCAUCAACCUCACGCAACUGUCUCUGUCAAUGAAUUCAUCAAUGCAAAACUAUCUGCCAAAGUCUCAAGGCAACUGCAAGAUCCCCUUGCCAUCAUGACUGGAAAUUUACCAUCAUGGCUGGGUGAACUGGCAACUGCAUGUGCAUUCCUGUUCCCAUUUGAAUGUCGACAGCAGUUGUUUUACUCGACUACCUUUGAUAGAGACAGAGCUUUAAUGAAGUUACAGGAAAACCUCCCUGAACUGGCAAGCACGGAUACUGCCGACAGAGUGACUCCAAGGCUUGAAAAGAAAAAGAGAACUGUCCCAAGAACAGACUUGUUAGAACAAGCUGAGAAUGUGAUGAAUGAUGUAGCUGGAGGAAGAGCAAUGCUUGAGAUCCAGUAUGAAGGGGAGGUUGGUAGUGGUUUAGGCCCAACUUUGGAAUUCUACACUUUGGUAUCCAAAGAAAUGCAGAAGGUAGAGCUGCAGAUCUGGCGAGGAGACAUUGUUGAAGUUGCCGAGGGAGCAGGUGAAUCUAAAAACGUGACAAGCUAUAUCCACUCUCCAGGUGGUCUUUUCCCAGCACCUCUUCCAAAGAACAUUAAAGUGAGCCAGCUUUCAAAAGUGAAAUCUCGCUUCCGAUUCCUUGGGAAGUUUGUUGCCAAGGCAAUAAUGGAUUCUAGGAUGAUUGACCUCCCUUUCAGCCAGCCAUUUUGCAAAUGGAUUAUUGGCCUUGAAUCCACGCUUCAGCUUUCAGACAUUCAAAAUAUUGAUGCAAUACUAUUCAAAUCAUUAAGUCAGCUAAAUGAUUUGGUAAAAAAGAAAAAGGCGAUUGAACGAGACCCUGCACACACAAUAGAAACAAUGAGAUUGGCACUGGGUAAUUUGACACUGGAUGGCAUGCCAGUUGAUGAUCUGAGCCUCGAUUUCAUCCUUCCUGGAUAUGGAAAUAUUGAAUUAAAGAAAAAUGGAAAAGAUAUUCCUGUGACAAUUGACAAUUUAGAAGAAUACAUCAAGCUUGUUGUCCACUGGACCCUGAUAGAAGGUGUUUCAAAACAAUUCCAAGCAUUCAAGGAGGGCUUUGAGUCAGUCUUCCCCAUUGCAUCGCUGCAAAUGUUCUACAGCUCAGAGAUUGAUCUACUGUUGUGUGGAAGCCGAAGUGAGAAAUGGGAUGUGAAAGAACUUAUUGAGUGUUGUCGACCAGACCAUGGGUACACACAUGACAGCCGAGCUGUACGAUUCCUCUUUGACAUCCUAAGUAAAUAUGAAGCAGAAGAACAAAGAAAGUUCUUGCAAUUUAUAACUGGCAGUCCACGACUGCCUGUAGGAGGAUUCAGGAGUUUGAAUCCCCCAUUAACAAUUGUACGGAAAACAGUGGAUGGGGCUUUAAGUCCGGACAAUUAUUUACCAUCUGUUAUGACAUGUGUUAAUUACUUGAAGCUUCCUGACUAUUCAUCAGUUGAUAUAAUGGAUGAGAAACUGAGGACCGCAUACACAGAAGGCAAAAAUGCUUUCCAUUUAUCAUAGCAUGCACCGUCUUUGAUGUUAGACUGAGUUUGUAACAUAAAAUAAGCUUAGUUCAGUUGCUUUUUAUUAAUUCCAUUCAAGUUUGGUUUAGACCAACUUUUGCAGUGAUAUUUUUUGUUGAUUUGUGCUCUGUUUUCAAAUUUAGUAUUUUGAAAUUAUUUGUCACUGAUUUGCACAACUACUUAUUGAAAAAUGAUAUCCAUUAGCAAGCUUUUUGCCUACAAGUUUGACAUAAUCGAUACAUGGCGAAAAUUUCUUCAGUAAUGGCUAUGAUAUGAAAUUCUAGUUAUAAUGCUAUAUUUGUCUCUAUGAGAUCUGUUUACAAUGUUCUACUAUUCCCCUCCCCUUAUACUAAGAAUUGUUAAGAUAUAGAAUCUAUUGAAGAGAGGUGUUAUUUUGGAGAUACUGUGGUAAUAAGGCUUGAAAAAAUAAAGUGAGGUCAUAUUUUUAGAUUUUUUGCUGCAUGCUUAUUUUAUGAUUUGUCCUUGAAUAAAGACAAAGCUUAUUAAAUUAAAUGGAACUGGUAGUUAAGUUGUUCUAUUUGCGUGAAACUAGCUUGCUUUCAUAACUUAAUUCAGAAGUUGUAAUUAGAAAUUUGCUUGGACGUAUGUAGUAUUAUACAAUAAGCUACGAGUAUUGUGUUUCAGAUCUUUGUUAAGUUUGAUUUGAUAAACAGAAUUUAUGUUAUUUUGGUUUAUCAGAGGCAUAAUGACACAUUCCCCAUUGGGAAGUGA